AGCGGUGGACAACGCCAGAGAUUUGCAAUCGCACGGGCGUGGAUACGUGACCCUGACGUCUUGAUUCUUGAUGAAGCAACAUCAGCCUUAGACCCCCCAACUCGCGCACUUAUCAUGGCCGCUAUUUGCCGAUGGCACCAAAACCGCACCACCACCAUCAUCACGCACAACGUCGCCUCAAUCGAAGAACAAGACAUUGUCUACAUCAUGCGGGAAGGCUCUGUCGUCAAGCAAGGGUUCUGA